AAUAUGUAAGUUUUCAAACGCCAGUUUAGGACACCAGCUCUAGAGAUAUUACAAGCUGCAGAGUGAGGAUACUUGUCAUUUUUCUUUAGGUUGUGGACGACGUGUUUCUUUAACAUGCCUGAACCUGCUAAGUCUGCUCCUGCCCCAAAGAAGGGCUCCAAAAAGGCGGUGACCAAGGCGCAGAAGAAGGAUGGCAAGAAGCGCAAGCGUAGUCGCAAGGAGAGUUAUUCUGUUUACGUGUACAAGGUGCUAAAGCAGGUCCACCCUGACACUGGCAUCUCAUCGAAAGCCAUGGGUAUCAUGAACUCCUUCGUCAACGAUAUCUUCGAGCGCAUUGCGGGGGAGGCUUCCCGCCUGGCGCAUUACAACAAGCGCUCCACCAUCACCUCCAGGGAGAUCCAGACCGCCGUGCGCCUGCUGCUGCCCGGGGAACUGGCCAAGCAUGCCGUGUCCGAGGGCACCAAGGCUGUCACCAAGUACACCAGCUCUAAGUAAUUCUAACGUCUUCAUACCCAAUCCCAAAGGCUCUUUUAAGAGCCACCCACUUUUUCAGCUAUAGAGUUGUAAUUACCUGCAUAUUUUCUGUGUUUACCAACAGAUUUGGUUUUAUCUUGAUUUGAGGGGUUUGCUGCUGUGUAGGUCUAGAGCACAGUUCUUUUGACUGCUUUAAGGCAAAAUGCUGUACUUAAUCUUAAGUUAGUGGUAGCAUAUUUGUUUUACCCAAAGUGCUGGUUACAAGGCUAGCCCAUUGUGCUGAUGUGCACAUUUUUCUUAUGUUGUGCUGUGAUGUGUCCCUUGUCAAACUGGUUUCAUAAGCAAAGAACUUUUGAAAUUAAGUAAUAUUUCUUUUGCUACUGACAGUGUGGGGAAAAAGAAUGUCUUCCUUAAUUCCGGUUUAGUCAUAACAGCAUUGGCAAGU